CCUCCUCCCCGGCGCCCGCAGCCAGUCCGCCGCGGAGCCGCCGAGAUGUGGGUCGUGUUCCCGCUGCUGUGCGCGGCCGCGGGGCUCCUGGGACUCCCGGCCUGCGGCGCCACGGACGCCUCCGCGAGCUCCUUAGAGAAAGUUCACUUCAAGUCAUGGGCAGUGCAGCACCAGAAGAAGUACAGCUCGGAGGAGUACCUCCAGAGGCUGCAGACCUUCGUUGGCAACUGGAGGAAGAUAAAUGCUCACAACGCUGGGAACCACACGUUUAAAAUGGGGCUGAACCAGUUUUCAGACAUGAACUUUGCUGAAAUAAAACACAAGUAUCUCUGGUCGGAGCCUCAGAAUUGCUCAGCCACCAAAGGUAACUACCUCCGGGGGACAGGUCCCUACCCCCCUUUUGUGGACUGGCGGAAAAAAGGAAAGUUCGUGUCACCGGUGAAAAAUCAGGGCAGCUGUGGCAGCUGCUGGACCUUCUCCACCACGGGGGCCCUGGAGUCCGCCAUCGCCAUCAAAAGUGGGAAGUUGCUCUCUUUGGCAGAGCAGCAGCUGGUGGACUGUGCCCAGAACUUCAACAAUCACGGCUGCCAAGGGGGGCUCCCCAGCCAGGCGUUCGAGUACAUCCGCUACAACAAGGGCAUCAUGGGUGAAGACAGCUACCCCUACAAGGGCCAGGACGGUGACUGCAAGUACCAGCCCAGCAAAGCCAUUGCUUUCGUGAAGGAUGUAGCCAACAUCACCAUUAAUGACGAGCAGGCGAUGGUAGAGGCGGUCGCCCUGUACAACCCCGUGAGCUUUGCCUUCGAGGUCACCAGCGACUUCAUGAUGUACAGGAAAGGCAUCUACUCCAGCACUUCCUGUCAUAAAACUCCAGAUAAAGUGAACCACGCAGUCCUGGCUGUUGGGUACGGAGAGCAGAACGGAAUACCCUACUGGAUCGUGAAGAACUCGUGGGGCCCCCAGUGGGGCAUGAACGGGUACUUCCUCAUGGAGCGUGGGAAGAACAUGUGUGGCCUGGCCGCCUGCGCCUCCUACCCCAUCCCCCUGGUGUGAGCCGCCGCCCGGGCCGGCGCUGGAGUCCUGCCCUGGAGGAAGGGGCCCGGGACCCCCAGGGCCCUCGCCCCCAUGCCGUGCCCUGAGGCCUGAGGAAAAUGAGGAAGAAGAGUCCACCGAACGAGCGACAAGCCUACCACGUCUCCCACAUGAAGGUGGCCGCCAGCUGUGUGCCUUCAACACUCCUGUUCACGCACUUAAACCCAACGGCCAAGAAUAGUCUUUAUCUCCCACAUUUGGAGAGCACCCCUGUCUUUCCUGUGAUCUGUAUUCAAUAAACAUUUGGUGAACUCCUGC